AUGGCCUCCACGAUCGUCGGCGCCACCCCGCCCCACGCGGCCACGGCCAGCCCCAAGAUCCCCACCACGCCCCGCAUCUCGAGCAACAAGGAGAACGGCGGCAGCGCCGGCAGCGUCGCCACCCCGUCGCCUGCUCGCAAGGGUGCCCUCCGCGGUCUCGGCGCGCCGAGCACCCCCAAGCGCAAGGCUGCCAAGCCUUAUGACCGCAAGAGCAGCGUCACUCGCGCCAAGCUCUCCGAGGCGCGCGAGGUCAAGCUCGUCGCUGCUGCCCCCGAGCCUACCCCCGAGCUCGCCCAGCCCACUGCCCACCCCAAGCCCGCCGCCGCUGCCGCUCGCACCAUCACCCAGGCGAUCGAGCAGACCAAGUCCCACCUCCUCGGUCCCCCCUGCCUCCGCUUCACCAUGGCAGGCAAGGCCUUCACCCUCCCCAAGGUCCUCCCGCGCCCUGCCGUGGCCCCAGUCAACGACUUUGUCUUCGGCGACACCAAGGUUCCCGCCGCCUACGUCCUCGACUGCGUCCGUGAGACGCUCCCCGAGUUCCUCGCCACGGCGAACGAGUACCGCCCUUACCCCGACGGCUCGGCCGGCCCCGCCUGGCGCCCGACCAUCCGCUUUGGUCUCCCCCGCCUGAUAGAGGAGGAGGUCAACGCCGACGUGGCCGAGUACAUUGCCACGCGCUGCCCCGACAUGGCGAUCGCGUUCGCGACCUCUGAGCGUGCUGGCGCGUCGAUGCGCGUGGUCCCUGCCAAGUCGCUCGCCUUUGCCGCCCAGUGCGCCUACUUCCCCAAGGUCCUUCCCGAGCUCGAGGAGGUCGACACCUCGGAGCCCGACCUUGCCCCCCACAGCACGCCAACGCUCGUCGACGACAGCGACGACGAGUCGGACGCCUCAGAGGCCGACUUUGUCAUCGAGCCCUUCGUCCACCUCCCGCUCCACAAGCUCGUCCUCCCCGCCCCCGCGGCGUUCGACCUGCUCAGCGCGCGCCUCCACCACACGAGCGGCAAGUGGCAGGCGUCGCUCCUCGGCCUCCCGGCGUCGUCGAUCCCCACCCCCUCCGCGGCGGGCGCGCUCUUGGCUCACCUGAGCGCCAUGCAGCUCAAGGCGCGCCUCGACACCGUCUUCGGCGUGUGGAUGAACAUGGUCGCCCUCGGCGUCGACGACGACGCGAUGUGGAACGAGCUCGGCGGCGCGUGGAACGUCCUUGUCCUUGCCUUUGUCGGCUCUGUGGCGGGCGUCGCGGCCGAGACGCGCUGGGCUUAA